UCGGUGUCUUGUUCUCCUUUCUGCUUGCUUUCUCUUUCUCUUUCUCUUUCUCUUCGUUGGCAAAUUAGGGCAGCAGGAGUCGGCGGCAGAUACAACGGCGGAGAUGGCAGGGACGAGGGAGGACAACGUGUACUUGGCGAAGCUGGCGGAGCAGGCGGAACGGUAUGAGGAGAUGGUGGAGUUCAUGGAGAAGGUGACAGGGGCGGCGGCGGAGCACGGGGAGGAACUCACCGUGGAGGAGCGCAACCUUCUCUCUGUGGCAUACAAGAACGUCGUCGGCGCCCGCCGUGCCUCGUGGCGGAUCGUCUCGUCCAUCGAGCAGAAAGAAGAGAGCCGCGGGAACGAGGCCCGCGUCGCCACCAUUCGCGAUUACAGGGCUAAGAUCGAGGCGGAACUCGACUCCAUCUGCGGAGGGAUUCUACGCCUUCUCGAAGAGCGUCUCAUCACCUCCGCUGCUUCGGCUGACUCUAAGGUGUUCUACCUGAAGAUGAAGGGCGACUACUACCGCUACCUUGCGGAGUUCAAAUCUGGCGCCGACCGCAAGGACGCGGCCGAGGCCACCCUCUCCGCGUACAAGUUAGCCCAGGAUAUUGCUUUAGCUGAGCUACCGCCCACACAUCCGAUCCGAUUGGGACUGGCUCUCAACUUCUCUGUGUUCUUCUACGAAAUCUUGAACUCACCAGAUCGUGCUUGCAGCCUUGCAAAGCAGGCAUUUGAUGAAGCAAUUGCUGAGCUGGAUACACUUGGAGAGGAAUCUUACAAAGAUAGCACACUAAUUAUGCAGCUUCUGCGCGACAACCUAACCUUGUGGACUUCAGACAUGCAGGAUGAUGGGGUAGACGAGAUGAAAGAAGCAUCCCAACAGGAUGACCAGCAUUAGAAUGGAAUGCAUUGCCUAUGUCUGUCUAGUUAAGAGCCUCAGUCAGGCAGAGAUAGUUGGAGAUUAUGAUUCUCCUGUUUGUACUGUGAUCCCUUCCCCAUUGACUCUGCUACCAUUGAUUGGAUUUGGAAGUGAUGCUUUGUAUGUUAGACUGGAAAAAUACUACUACUUUGUGAUUUACAAUGAAUUGUCGAAGUGAUUGUGCUGUGAAGAAAUAUGUUCUUUCCCCA